AUGCAACAUAUGAAUUGCAUUAAGAUUAUGUGUACAAUGUCACAUGACAAUGCAAGAUUUUAUAAAUUCGAAGCACAAGGUCACUUGAGGGACAAUUCGAAGUGUCGGUUUAAAGGUUUUUUUAACUCCAGUUUGAAAACUACUCCACGUUACAACUCAAAUGUUCUUUACAGCCUAAUUGUUUUGUAUAAGCAUAUCAUCUGUGGACCUUGUAUUAUACUCCCGGAUGAAUCGGGUUGUAAACUAGUAACCAGUAGUUUUUGA